AUGAACCUUCUUCCCUCCUUCUCUGUGGAGACAUGGGUCCUUUUGCUUGUUUUCGUAGCCCUCCUGGCAGCAUAUGGAACCUGGCCGUUUGGCUUGUUCAAGAAGUUGGGUAUUCCCGGCCCAAGACCUCUGCCUUUCUUUGGGACGUGCCUGGAAUAUCGCAAAGGUUUCUUGGAAUUUGACAAUGAGUGUUUCCAGAAAUAUGGGAAAGUCUGGGGGAUUUAUGAUGGCAGACAACCUGUGGUCGCUGUCAUGGACCCCCAGAUCAUUAAAACUGUGCUGGUUAAAGAGUGUUACUCCACCUUUACCAACCGGAGGCGUUUUGAUCUAGCAGGGGUGCUGAAAAAUGCUGUCUCAUUAGCUGAAGACGAACAGUGGAAAAGGAUCCGUACCGUGCUCUCUCCAACCUUCACCAGUGGGAAACUAAAGGAGAUGUUCCCUAUAAUAAAGCACUAUGGGGAAGUUUUGGUGAAAAAUGUUCAGAAAAAAAUGGAACAGGACAACGCUAUAGCUGUAAAGGACAUCUUUGGAAGCUACAGCAUGGACGUCGUCACCAGCACGUCAUUCGGUGUGAACAUCGACUCUAUGAACAACCCCAAAGACCCCUUUGUUAGAGAGAUGCGGAAGCUGGUCAAGUUUGACUUUUUUGACCCAAUGUUCAUCUUGACAUUUGUAUGCCCAUUUCUUAUUCCUGUUUUGGCCAAGAUGAACGUAAGCUUCUUCCCCCGUGAAGCUGUAGAUUUCUUCAUGAGGUCCAUCUCCAAAAUUAAGCAUGAACGUGAAAAAGAGGCUCACAAGGGCAGAGUAGAUUUUCUGCAGCUCAUGAUCGAAUCCCAGAACUCAACCAGUCAUGGAAGCAAAGAAGACAAUAACUCCUAUAAAGCCCUGACCGACACAGAGAUCCUGUCACAAGCCUUCAUCUUUAUAUUCGCUGGCUAUGAACCCACCAGCAACACGCUCUCUUACGUGGCAUAUGAACUGGCCACGCAUCCCGAUGUGCAGCAAAAACUGCUGGAGGAAAUCGACACCGUUUUACCCAACAAGGCUCCUCUCACAUACGAGGCGAUGAUGCAAUUGGAAUACCUUGACAUGACAGUGAAUGAAACCCUUCGGCUCUUCCCCCUUGGAGGACGGAUUGAGAGAGCCUGCAAGAAAGACGUAGAAAUAAAUGGAGUCACCAUUCCCAAAGGAACCGUUGUCAUAAUCCCACCCUACACCCUGCACCGUGACCCUGAGUACUGGCCAAACCCAGAUGAGUUCAGACCAGAAAGGUUCAGUAAGGAAAACAAAGAGGCCAUCGACCCGUAUACGUACCUGCCCUUCGGGGCUGGUCCUAGGAACUGCAUCGGGAUGCGGUUUGCUCUCCUGACUCUGAAAGUUGCCAUCGCCAUCCUAUUGCAACAUUUCACCUUCCAGACCUGCAAAGAAACUCCGAUCCCUCUCAAGCUGAAUUCACAGGGAUUCUUAACACCACAGAAACCGAUUGUUCUGAAGUUAGUGCCCCGGACCAACACCGCACCUGCAAAGGCGUAA